AUGCGAUCUUUACUCAUUUUCGGAUUGAUUUUGAGCAAUCUCUCGGUGAUCGAUGCUUUCAAAAUUGGCGCCAUUCUACGCGAAAAGGAGGACGCGCACAUUGCGGCCGCGAUACAGUACGCAGUUGAGUGGCUCAAUCAGAGGGCAAUUUAUGGACAGGUUGAUUUCGUAAUUGACUACAUCGACGUGCUCGAUCACUAUGAGGCUGUUUUAAAAGCCUGUUCCCUAUUUGAGAAAGAUCACGUGGUAGCUCUGAUCGGCUCUUCCCAUCCGAUGCUUAACGCUCAAUUGGAGCGAUUGGCGGCACAGAUGGACAUCCCACUUCUCACCGCUGUCGAUGAUCUUGGUCUAAACGCCAACACCGAUGUUCGGAUCGAGUUUUUCCCGAAAGCUCAACUUUUUGAGUCGAUCGUAGAUCUGUUUCGGCAUUGGAGAUGGAAUCGGAUUACGAUCGUUUAUGAAGAAAAUGAAAGAAUUCGUCGAAUCGAGCCAUUAUUGGAGGACGAUGCCUAUUCGUCGAUUCGCUUUCGUUUGGUGAAAAUUCAGAACAAGGACUACAUGAGAGCAGCGAGAGAUGUAAAAGAAUUGGAGGAGUGCAGUUUCUAUCAACGAAAAGAUUGCUCGGAGUUCAGCCGGAUUCUUCUCGAUCUCAACCCCGAACACGCGUACAAUUUCUUAUUAGCUGGUCUUCAAAUGGGUUUGAUCGAGUUGAAGCAUUGGUUUUUAUUGACUUCGAUGGAACUUUCAACAAUGGACAUGGAGUUAUUCCGCUACAAUCACGCUCGUUACAUUUCCCCGUACCCGGUGGAUCCAAUCUUUCUAAAAGAGAAAGCCCACGUCUUCAACUUUUCCCAUUUCAAACACCAUAUUGCUGAGAAUUGGAACACCCGCACCGGCUUUAGUCGAAAUUUGAAAUUGACAGAAGCCAUUUUCACGUUCGACUCGAUCUACGCGUUUGCAAGCGUUUUCUCUGAUGUUGUGCACUCGCAAUCGCAACUCGUUCACGAUAUUCCACAAACGACAUGUCGAAAGCCAGGCCGUGAGGCACGAAAAUAUCAGUACGGGAGAACGCUUAUCGAUGCCGUUUUAAAUAAUAAAGUGGUCGGGAUUUCUGGUGAUUUACACCGAGUUGGGCAUCCGAUGAAGAGCAAUUUCUCGAUGAGAAUUCAUCUGCUUGGGUACAGCGGACGAUUAGAUGAUAUCGGUUUCUGGGAACCGAAAACGGACGUUCACGUGAACAUGACCGGCGACUCGAGGGCUCAGCUGCAGAAAAAUGUUCAAGUCUCCGACGAGUUGAAGCCGCAUUUCCGGGUGACCACCAUAAUGGAACGCCCGUAUGUGAUGCUGAAGAAGAACCAUUUUGAACUGGACGCAAACUCGAAAUUCGAGGGUUUCUGCAUCGAUUUACUGGCCGAGUUGUCGAAAGAUUUGGGUUUCACCUAUUCGGUGCAUUUGGUGAAAGAUGGGGCAUAUGGUAACGAUGUGCACGGGAACGGAAGCUGGGAUGGGAUGAUUGGCGAGAUUUUGAGAGGGGAAGCUGAAAUGGCCGUCGCUCCACUCACCGUCAAUUUCAAGAGAGCUGAAGUCGUUGACUUCACGAAACCCUUCCUAUCGCUCGGGAUAUCGAUUUUAUUUAAGGUGCCCGACGAUCAACAACCGGAUCUUUUCUCGUUUCUCAAUCCGUUGUCCUGGCAGAUUUGGAUGGCCAUAUUAACAGCUAUUGCUGGGGUCACCGUCGGGAUGUUCGUCGUGGCGCGGAUCACUCCAUAUGAAUGGAAUUUGAAUUUCUCUUGUUGUACAGCCCAUCAACCCCACCCGGGGGCCACUUUCAACGCCGAUUCAGAGCCGGUGCAGCUCAGCAACAACUACUCCUUUUGGAACACUUUAUGGUAUGUGACGAGCACGAUGCUGAAGGGUGGAUGCGAUUUUGGGCCGCGAGCCGUUUCCACUCGACUACUUGGAGGUACCUGGUGGGUGUUCACUCUGGUGAUCAUUUCGGCUUACACCGCGAAUCUGGCCGCCGUCUUGACCGUCUCCCGGCCGUUCAUCCCGAUAAAAAACCUCGACGAUCUCGCCAAUCAGUCGACGAUCGCCUACGGGACGAUCAAGGGCGGCAGUACGAUGCAAUUCUUCCAGGAGUCCCGGAUCGGCUCUCACGUUCGCAUGUGGGAGUACAUGAAGGAUCGGGAUGUUUUCGUCAAAGAUAACACACAAGGAGUGCUCAGGGGAAUAAGAGAAAAUUAUGCAUAUCUCAUGGAAUCGACGUCGUUGGAGUACGAAGUGCAACAGAAUUGCAAUCUCACGCAAAUCGGCGGCGUGCUUGGGUCAAAGGGUUAUGGGAUUGCACUGCAGAAGAAAUCUGAGUGGACCGAUCGAAUCUCUCGUCAAAUUCUCCUUUACGCAAAAAGGGGGAUUAUCGAGAUGAAAAAGACGAAAUGGUGGAGAAGCAAAGGAGCCUCUUGUCAGGGUGGAGGUGCGGUGAAGCAGCAGCGUUUCUCCCUUUCAUUCCACAACGUCGCUGGUUUGUUCAUCAUCCUUAUCGCUGGGCUUUUGUUCGGUCUAAUUACCGUAAUCAUCGAGUUACUGAUUCGGAGCCGGCAAAUGGCGAAAAAGGACAAGAAACCGAUUGUGAACGAGAUUCGCGAUGAGCUGAAAUUUGCUCUCAAUUUGAAUAAGCCAACCGAGCACCGCUCACGCCAGAAAACGCUGAAAGCGGCCGAGACGACGAAUGGUCAAACUGUGAAUGGGAAA